CAUAAGUGUGAUCGCUGAUUUCUUGAUGAGUACAUUUUAAUGAAGCAAAGUACUGUAUGCUCUUUAUUCCACUUUUAUUUGUUCAUUUAAUCAAUCAUGCAUUUUGCAGUGUAAAGAGAACAUGUUAAGAUCAAUCAUGCCCUUCCUAAAUAAUUUGCAAAGGAUGUUCUCACUAAAAAACAAAAUGAAUAGGCUUUAGGAUAGCACUGUUAUAGGGUGGGUAGCACUGUCACCUCACAGCAAGAAGGUUGUGGGUUCAAAUCUCGGCUUAAGGCCUUUCUGUGGGGGGUUUGCAUGUUCUCCCUGUGUCCGUGAAUGGUGUGUGUGCACCUGUGAUAGAUUGGCGGCUUGUUCAGGGUGUAUUCCUGCCUCUCGCUGGGAUAGGCUCCAGCACCCCCCGCGACCCUGCUGAGGAUAAGCGGGUAUAGAUAAUGGAUGGAUGAACUUGGUGGGGGUGGAGGAAGGUCUUUGGUUCGAAUCCCAGCUGGGGCCCCCCUGUAUGAAGCCUUCAUGCUUUCCCUGUACCCAUGUCGGCCUUCUCAGGGUACCCCAGCUUCCUCCCCCAGGCCAAAUAACAUGCAGCUUAGGUGAAUUAGAGAGUCUAAAUUGACCCUAGUUGUAUGUGUGUGUGUUUGUGAGUGAAGUGUGUGUGUGUGUGUGUGUGUGUGUGUGUGCACUCUGAGAUGACCUGGUGAACUGUCCAGGGUGUGUUCAACGGAUGCUGGAAUAGGCUCCAGCACCCCGUGACCCUGACCAGGAAUAAGCAGGUGACCAUGGAAAAUGUAUCAGCUGUGACAUCCUUCAUUUUGACAGCAUACGCUGAACUGGAAGAUCACAGAUAUUUAUACUUCAUAUGUUUCCUUCUUUUGUACAUUGUGAUAUUAUUGGACAAUUUAAUUCUUAUUGUAGUCAUAUGUACUGAAAAAAGUCUUCAUGAACCUAUGCAUUUGUUUAUAUGUAGCUUAUCAGUUAAUGGAGUGUGUGGUAGUACUGUUUUUUUUCCAUCUGUGCUUAGUCAUUUGUUAUCUCAAAAUUAUGAAAUAUCUCUGCCCUUUUGUCUACUACAGAUAUACUGUAUAAUCUCAUAUGCUUUAGUUGAAUUUACUAUUUUAGCAGUGAUGAGCUAUGACCGUUAUGCUGCUAUCUGUCACCCAUUACACUAUCACCUCCUCAUGUCCCCUAGAAAGGUUUCUGCAGCCAUUGUAUUAUCCUGGGUUGUUCCCUGUUUUUACUAUGCAUUUUAUUUCAUAUUAUCAACUGCCCAACAGUCAUUCUGUGAAAGACAUAUAGAAAAAAUGUAUUGUAUGUAUUUCGAAUUAGUUAAACUGUCUUGCUUUGAUACAACAAUUUUGCGAAUUUUAGGACCAGCAUCAUUUAUUGUUUGUCCUUGUCCUCAGAUCGUUAUGAUAUUAUUUUCCUAUUCACGUAUACUCAGAGUCUGCUUGUCUGCUUCUAAAGAAUCUCAAGCCAAAGCUCUUCAAACAUGCACCCCACACUUACUGUCUGUGAUAAAUUUUUCUGUGGGAUGCUUAUUUGAGGUCAUCCAGAGUCGUUUCAACAUGAGUCAUGUACCUCAAAAAGUUCGCAUAUUCCUAUCCCUACACAUGGGCAUAUUUCCCCUAUUGUUAAAUCCUGUCAUUUAUGGAAUUAGCAUUCAAGCCAUUAAAGUUCAGAUUUUCAAAUUGCUUAGUAGUAAAAAAAGAAGUGAAACCCACUCAUGGUGAUGAUUUAAAAAUAUAUUCUCUUUCUGUUAUUUAAAUAUGGUUCGUAAGGCUGAACCCUGUAUCACUGGGGUUUCCAGAUUCCAGAUUUGGGCACAAAAGUCUAGUUUUUUAUUAUUUGUACAGGUUUGGGUUUUGGUCCCAAAUGGACAAUAUAAACACCCGGUAUGAAUAACUAAAAGUUGACAGGGAGUUUGUAAUGAAGUUCUUCCAUCUCCACUGUUUUUUUCCUAAUUAGCCCCCCCCACCUCGCCCACUUCAUGAUCAAGCAUCCCACUGCCCCCCCGGUCGGCGAACCCGAACCUCGCCUGUGUGCACAUGUUUGAUAUUCAAUUUUGAUAAAUUAUAAAUUUGGCAACCCUACGUAUCACAAAGUAAUAUAAAAGGACCUGUAAAAUUAAAACCCACUGAAAUAUUGAAAAUGUCUUGUCUGGGUUUGUAAAGUAUUAAAGUGUAGCCUCCCAUAAUACCUUUCCUUGCCCCAUUACUGGAGGACUCUCUCUCUGGUCAGGACGAUUCAUUCUCUCUGCUGCCCACAUGUGGACCAGCCCCUACAGCAUGGUGUUGGUGACAUGCCUGACACUGAGCUCCAAUGCUUCACAGCUAGAGAGCUGAUCUAGGAUCAGUUCUGUCUUCAAAUACGAAAUGUGUGUAUGUAUUAUAACUACACAAUUUAUAAAAUAAGUCUAUUUACAAUACUGUACUAUGAGGUUACUGUUUACA